AUGCCGUCCAUCAUCCUGGAUGAUGCUGACCGGCUCCGUCAGCGUUGGAGCGAGCUGGUCACAGACGUGACCCCUUCACACCUCCCCACGGGUCUUUUUUCGAAACGUCAGACCAAGACUCCCGUAGGGAAAAUAGACGUCGACCUCAAUGUAUCCCUGAUGCAAGCAUGCUCUCAGGAGCACGAUGUGUCUCCCUUGGAUCUCGUCCAAGCAGCAUGGGCUGCCAUGCUGCGCUCGUAUUCUGGCUCCGAGGACAUUACAUACGGGGGCAUCGGCCUCCAACCCUCCAACUCGAAGCAACAAGUGACAGACGCGGCUCUGUGCCGGAUACGGUUGGAGUCAGACAUAUCAAUCCUCUCGAUUCCACAGCAGACCCUGAAAGAAGGGCUGCACAGCGCAGACCUGCUGCUCUCUUUUCCAGAGACCUUGCAGGUUCUCGCCAGUCUCGACCCAAAGCCGUGUAAUACCGCAAUCUGGCUGCGGGACUCUACCUCCAAGGCUGAAAUCUCUGAGAAUGAGAUUGUUGGCGGCAGAACUUUUGACUACGUCCUACGAAUCGAUCCCUCUUUGUCCACCCUAGACUUAAUAUACCACAAACCUACGGUCUCGCAAGCCCAGGCCGAAUAUAUCGCUAAUACCUUCGCCGAUAUCCUACAUAAUGUUUGCACCGAUCCCUUCAAGCCGGUGUCCACUCUCUGCCACCCCAGUGAGCUGGACACGCUUCAGAUUGGAGCGUGGAACCGCAUCCUUCCGAAGGAGAGUGCCGUGUGCGUUGACCGGUUGAUUGAAGAGGCCGCACAGCGCAACCCCAAUAGCCCAGCCAUCUUCUCAUGGGAUGGCCAGAUGACGUACGCCCAGUUCAAUCAGACCGCAUGCCGUGUAGCAAGCUAUCUGGAGUCAGUCGGUGUGCGUCGGGGCCAGCUGGUUCCAGUCUGUUUUGAAAAGUCCCGCUGGACCAUCAUCACUAUGAUCGCCUUGUGGAAGGUCGGUGCUGCCUGGGUGCCUCUAGACCCCCGCCAUCCACGCCAGCGUAUUGAGACGAUCGUCGAAAGCGUAAAGGCCACGACGGUCAUGACCUCCGAGGCCAACCAGGCGCUCUUGGCCGGUAUCGCCCCGCAGGUCAUCACAGUAGACGCCGCUCUGAUCGAGAGCAUUAAGACGAGCUCGGAUGUCGAGUUUGAGUCACGAUCGCGGCCUCACGACAUCUCCUUUGUCAUGUUCACGUCUGGAAGUACCGGCAAACCCAAAGGUGUUGUCCAUGAGCAUGCGUCUGUGGCUUCGAGCGCCCUCCACCAUGGUCCUGCCAUGAACAUCAACGAGGACACACGUGCCUUGCAGUUUGGUGCCUAUACCUUCAUCAUCAGCACUUUCGAGAUCUUCACCACCCUCAUCUUCGGUGGAUGUCUGUGCAUCCCAUCUGACCACGACCGUCAUACCGAUAUCCGUCCCGCCCUCCGCUCCAUGGAUGCAAAUUGGGCAAUCUUCACCCCUAGUUUCGCCCGGUCUCUCAAGACAGAGGAUGCUCCUACCUUGAAGACCCUCAUCCUGGCUGGUGAAGCAGUCGCCCAGGACAUUAUUGACCGUUGGGCUGCUGUCGCUCGCUUGAUCAACAUCUACGGUGCCAGCGAGUGCUCGGUGUGUAUGAUCGGACCCAUGGUCACGGAUACACCGCGCAGCUGCAUCGGCCGAGCCGUCGGCGCCCUCUCGUGGAUCGUCGAUGCGAACGACCAUGAUCGACUGGUCCCGAUCGGAGCAGCUGGAGAGUUGAUUAUGGAGGGCCCUACCCUGGCGCGCGGCUACCUGGCCGACCCCGAGCGCACCCAAGCAGUCUACAUCAAGGAUCCCAAGUGGGCACAGCAACCGGGCAUCACCCGUCAGUUCUACAAGACAGGCGAUCUCGCUCGCUAUGGCGACGACGGCAGGAUUCAUCUGAUCGGCCGGAAGGACUUGCAGGUCAAGAUCCGUGGGCAGAGAGUCGAGCUGACCGAGAUCGAGGCGCACAUGCGCGCCAUCAACAACCAGGUCAAGACGGCGGUGUCGAUGGUGCAGCCACAGGGCAAGGCCAUGCUGGUCGCCUUCAUCUCCAGCCAGAGUGGCUUCGGGCCUGAGUUCCAGCACCCAUUCCAUGCUACGCCUACGGACCAUGCCGAUAUUUCGGGCAUCGCCUCGCAGAUGAAUACCGAGCUUGUACAGAGGCUUCCGCCGUACAUGAUCCCCUCUGCGUUCAUCCCGCUCGCGUACAUGCCCCUGACAGCCUCGGGUAAGACGGACCGACGCAUGAUCACGACCUUCGGCACCGGUCUGUCCUUGUCGGAGCUGGCAGCCCUCGCUGGAGGCCCGGCAAAGUCCACACGCACCAUGCCUUCCACUGCAGAUGAGAAGCAGCUCCAGCAACUGUGGUCCGAGAUCUUGCAUUGCUCACCCGAGGAGAUCGGCGUGGAGGACAACUUCUUCCAUCUGGGUGGUGACUCCAUCGAGGCGAUGAACCUGGUGCGGCGAUGCCGCGCCGAGGGCUACCAGCUCCAGGUUAGCGACAUCAUGGACAAUCUCGUGCUACGCGACAUGGCCAAGGUGAUGGUGCCGGGUCGUCCCUCGACUGAGCUUCCGCCUGCACGGCCCUUCGAGCUUCUCGGCGACGACGAGGAGAGCAUCCGCUCAGAGAUUCAGGUUGCCAGUGGGUUCAAGGAUGCAGAGCUCAUCCAAGAUGCGUAUCCUUGCACACCGCUGCAGACUGGUUUGAUGGCUCUCUCGGCCAAGAUCUCCGGAUCCUAUAUCGCCCGCCACACGCUUGAGUUGCCGGCGAACCUGAGCGUCGACCGCUUCAAGGAGCUGUGGGAGAUUGUCGUCGCGAACAAUGACGUGCUGCGUACGAGGAUGGUGGAGACGGACCGCUACGGCACAGUCCAGAUGGUCUGUCGUGACCGCAUCCAAUGGGGCCACGGUAGCGACUUGGAGGAGUAUCUCCAGGCUGACGAGGCGAUCCCCAUGCACAUGGGCGAUGCUCUCACAAGACACGCCAUCGUCGAGUCUGCCACAGAUAAGACCUCUUUCGUCCUGACCAUCCACCACGCCAUCUACGACGGGCUCUCCCUGGAGAUGCUGUUCAAUGACCUCCUGGACGCUCUGCAGGGCAGUGUGCCCCCCGCGCGUCCGCAGUUCCGGGAUUUCGUCCAGCACGUGGUAGAGAAGAACAAGGACGAGGCGACGGAGACGUACUGGCGUAACGAUCUGGCUGAAGGCGAUCUGAUCGCAUUUCCCACCCUCCCCUCGGCUACAUAUCAGCCUCUCGCCAACGAGUCGCUCAUUCACAACCUCAAGGUCCACCGCAAUGGUCCCUCUGACUUCACCACCGCAACUCUGAUCCGUGCGGCUUGGACCCUCCUCCAGGCCCGCUAUUGUGACUCCCCCGACACGGUCUUCGGCUGCACCGUCAGCGGACGCAAUGCAUCUGUGCGUGGUGUUGAAGACGUAGUCGGACCGGUCAUUGCCACGGUGCCCAUCAAGGCGCACCUGGAGCCCCAGCAAUCCGUCAAUGACUACCUCAAGGCCGUCCAUGCUCACUCGGUGGAAAUGACCCCUUACCAGAACUACGGCCUGCAGAACAUUGCCCGGGUCUGCGACAACGCUCCCUCAGCGUGCAGCUUCCAGACUCUGCUUGUCAUCCAGCCCGCCAGCUCGGUGCCCGAGGCCAGCCUGAUCCAGCCUUUUUCGGCCCCGCGCGCGAGCUUCAGCACCGUAGCCCUCACGCUGGAGUGCAGCCUCUCCGCCGACGGGGGGGUCCUGGUGCACGUCCACUUCGACAACGCGGUCCUGCCCCGCGGCCAGGUGGAGCGCAUCGUGCAGCAACUCGAGCAUGUCCUGCAGCAGCUGGCGCAGGAGCCCGCCGGCCGCACCCUUGCCGACCUCGAGCUGAUCAGCCCGCGCGACAUGAGCGAUCUCCUGCAGUGGAACCGCACAAUCCCCGAAGCCACCGAGGACUGCGUCCACAACCUCAUCGCCAAGAACACCAUGGUGAAUCCGACCGCCCCGGCCGUGUGCGCGUGGGAUGGCAACCUCACCUACGCCGAGCUCGACAACAUCUCCUCGAAGCUCGCCGCCCACCUCAUGAACGCCGGGGUCGGGCCCGAGGUGUUCGUGCCGCUGUGCUUCGAAAAGUCCAUGUGGACGAUCGUCGCCAUGCUGGCGACCAUGAAAGCGGGCGGCGCGUUCGUGCCCAUGGACGCGUCGCAGCCGUCCAGCCGCAUGCAGCUAGUCGUCCAGGAGGUCAACGCGCAUGUGAUGCUGUGCUCGGAGGAGCAGCUGGGCCGGUGCCCGGGGCUCGUCGAGAAGGCGAUCGCCGUCGGACCGGGGAUGGCCCAGGCAUCGAUGCCCCAGAUGUCUCAGACGCCCGUGGCGCCGUCCAACGCCGCGUACGUGAUCUUCACAUCGGGCAGCACGGGCACGCCCAAGGGGUCGGUGGUGGAGCACCGCGCCUUCUGCACGGGGGCGCUCGCCCACAAGGAAGGGCUGCAGAUGGGGCGGCGCGUGCUGCAGUUUGCGUCGUACACGUUCGAUGCGAGCGUGCUGGAGAUCCUGUCGACGCUGGUGCAGGGCGGCUGCGUGUGCGUGCCCUCGGAGGCCGAGCGCCGCGGCAACAUCGCCGAGGCCAUGACGCGCAUGAACGUCGACUGGGCGGUGCUGACCCCCUCCUUCGUCAGCACGAUCGACCCGGCCACCGUGCCCACCCUGGAGACCCUGUGUCUGGCCGGCGAGGCCAUGACCGCCACCCACGUCGCCACCUGGACCCCCUAUGUCCGCCUCGUCAACGGCUACGGCCCCAGCGAGUGCUGCGUCUGCAGCUCGUCCAACCGCCGCGUCGUGCCCGGCACCGCGCCCAACGACAUCGGCACCGCCGUCGGCGGCGCCUGCUGGGUGACCGACCGCGACGACCACAACAAGCUGGCCCCCGUGGGCUGCAUCGGCGAGCUGCUGGUCGAGGGCCACACGCUGGCGCGCCACUACCUCAAGAACGCGGAGAAGACCGCCGCAGCGUUCAUCCCGCGGCCCGCCUGGCUGCCCUGGUCGCGCUGCGACCGGCUGUACAAGACGGGCGAUCUCGUCAAGCACAGCGCCGACGGGUCGCUGCAGUUCAUCGGCCGCAAGGACACGCAGGUCAAGAUCCGCGGGCAGCGCGUCGAGCUCGGUGAGAUCGAGUACCACCUCUGCCUGCCGGCCGCGGUCUCGCAGGCGAUCGUCUCGUACCCCAAGAAGGGGAUCUACGCCAACAAGCUCAUCGCCACGCUCGAGCUGACCGCCACCAGCGGUGACAAGCUAGCCCCGGUCGCCCCAGUCACCCUCCAGGAGACCGGCUUCGAUCUGCCUGCGCUCUCCCAGUCCAUGAGCGAGACGCUCCCCGCGCACAUGGUGCCCGUGAUCUGGAUCGUGGUUGAGAAGAUCCCCAGCUCGUCGUCGACGAAGAUCGACCGCAAGGCGGUGGACACGUGGCUUGCGCAGCUGCCGGCGGACUUCGCACCGACGAUGGGGCUGAAACGCAACGAGCCCACCGUGUCCACGCUUCGGCCGGACGAGGGCAAGGCGCUGGCGAUCAGCAACAAGAUCGCUAGCCUAGUCAGCCGCGACGACAGCAGCAGCAUCCCCCUGCAGGGCCACGACUUCAACAUCGCCUCGAUGGGCAUCGACUCGGUGCAGGUCAUCAGCCUGGCCAGCUUCAUCAAGCAGACCUACGGCGUCAAGGUCGACGUCUCGCGCAUCCUGGACGGGCAGAUGACCGUGCGCUCGCUGGCCGCCCUCCUCGACGCCGAGCUCACCGGCACCGCCCCGGCCACCGUAUCCCCGGCCUCCACUUUUGAUGCCAUGAAGGAAGCCACCGCGCUCAUGAAGUCGAUCAUCACGCGCAGCCCCGUCAAGAAGACCGUCUUCGUGACCGGCGUCACGGGCUUCCUGGGCACGCAGAUCCUGCGCCAGCUGUGCGAUCGCCCGGACGUCGGCCGCGUCAUCGCGCACGUGCGCGCCGCGACGCCCUCCGAGGCGUUCAUCCGCGUCAAGGACGCCGCGGUGCGCGCGCAGUGGUGGUCGGACUACUACCUGACCAAGCUGGACGUGUGGGCGGGCAACCUGGCGCAGCCACGACUAGGCCUGAAGGCCAAGCAAUGGGCCUCCCUCACGGGCGAGAGCCCCAACGAGGGCGGCCUGGUGCACGCGAUCAUCCACGCGGGGGCGGCGGUGAACUGGAACGCGGGGACGGAGGUGCUGCGCGCGGCCAACGUGGACUCGACGGCGGAGCUGAUCAAGGCGGCGGUCAGCUCGCCGGCGCGGCCGCGGCUGGUCUACGUCUCCGGGGGUCACCGGUGGCACCCGGACGAGGACGACCGGGAGAUCGCGGCGGAGGUGGCGCACGCGAACGGGUACGCGCAGACCAAGUACCUGUCGGAGCUGCUGGUGAAGCAGUUCGCGGCGCGGUACGCGGGCCAGUUCGCGAUCGUCAAGCCGGGGCUGAUCCUGGGCACGCCGGAGGAGGGCGUGGCCAACACGGACGACUUCGUGUGGCGGCUGGCGUCGGCGGUGGUGGACGCGCGCUGCUACAGCCGCGACGUCGGCGAGUCCUCCUGGAUGUUCGUCACGAGCAGCACGCGCGUCGCCGAGGAGACCAUCCACCAGGCCUUCUGCCCCGCCGACGCCAUGCGCACCGUCACCUUCAUGACCGACGGCAUCACCGAGCGCGAGUUCUGGGACAUCUUCCACCACGAGCUCCAGUACCCGCUCCGCGCCGUCGACCAUGCCACCUACCUCGACACCCUGCAGCAGGCGAUCCAGCGCGACGCCACGGGCCAUCCGCUGUGGCCGGUGAUGCAGGUUUUCGAGGCGAUUGACGGCCGGCUCAGCGGCGGGGAUGUGCUGCCCGAUGCGAGUGUGGUGACUCCCUCGCAGCGCCAGCAUGUCAAGGCUACCGUUCGCCGCAAUGUGCAGUUCUUGGUGGACGCGGGGUUUAUUGCUAGCCCCACGGGCAAGAAAAUGCGGUAUAUGGCGGAGAAGGUGUUCCAGCGGUCGGGCAAUGUGUGGGAGAAUGUCAAGGGGAUGGUUAAUGGACUAGCUUAAAAUGACAGUCCUAUAGGAUGGACUGGCUGAGGCUGUAGUGCUUCGUGUUUUGUAUAAUAGCGUAAUGUCUGGAGUAUGGGG